AUGAAUGUGCUGGCUAUGCACAAGUAUAACAAAAAUUUUGUUAAGUUUUGGAAUUCGACUAAAAAAAUUAAUGGUGUUACUAAAUUGCCUACAAAUAUAAAUAAUGAAGAAGACCCCUUAUUGAUCGCGAACACCUUUGCGAGUCACUUUCGUGUCUCGCCUUUACCUAUACCCUCACCCGCUAUUAAAAUUGAUGGGAGCAGAGUUUGUGUAGGAGAUGAUGAUCGUCUAAUAUCUCCGGAGACUAUAGCCUUAAUUAUAAAACAAAUGUCGCGCGGCAAGUCUCCGGGCUUUGACGGCUUAAGCCUUGAGCACAUAUUGUUUGCGGGGAAGGAAAUCUUUUCGAAAUUAAGACAUUAUGAUCCUAGAGAUCCCACGGACUUAAAUUUAUCAGAAAGACUUAUGCAACAAUAUAUGCAGAACCAUAAAAGUAACAUGCAGACGAUUUACAGUAUAAUACAUGACUCAUCAUUCGCGGAACGUGAAGCUAUCACUUUACGACAUAAUUCUCACAGAGAACCUGAGACAGACUAUGCACCUGACCAAACGGUUUACAUAAAUAAUCCUAUGACUUCUCGACGUAAAGUAGCUCCACGAUACUUAGCUGAUAAAGUGGUAUCCAACCAACCUAUCCAUAUUUACACCUCAAAGAAAAAGUUACCUGUUUCCAAAUCCCGUCCUAAACGGUUACCAAAAAGCAAGACAUAA